AUGGGCCACGAAGACGCUGUGUAUCUCGCCAAGCUCGCCGAGCAGGCUGAGCGCUACGAGGAGAUGGUUGAGAACAUGAAGAUCGUUGCCUCCGAGGACCGCGACCUGACUGUUGAGGAGCGCAACCUCCUGUCCGUUGCUUACAAGAACGUCAUCGGCGCCCGUCGUGCCUCUUGGAGAAUCGUCACCUCCAUCGAGCAGAAGGAGGAGUCCAAGGGCAGCUCGGCUCAGGUUCCUCUCAUCAAGGAAUACCGACAGAAGAUCGAGGCCGAGCUUGCCAAGAUCUGCGAUGACAUCCUAGAUGUGCUUGACAAGCACCUCAUCCCGUCCGCCAAGUCUGGCGAGUCCAAGGUCUUUUAUCACAAGAUGAAGGGUGACUACCACCGUUAUCUUGCCGAAUUCGCCGUUGGUGAUCGGCGAAAGGAGUCGGCCGACAAGUCUCUCGAGGCCUACAAGGCUGCCACUGAGGUCGCCCAGACCGAGCUGCCUCCCACACACCCCAUCCGUCUUGGCCUCGCCCUGAACUUCUCCGUAUUCUACUACGAAAUCCUUAAUGCCCCCGAUCAGGCUUGCCAUCUCGCGAAGCAGGCAUUUGAUGACGCAAUCGCCGAACUUGACACCCUCAGCGAGGAAAGCUACAAGGACUCGACCCUCAUCAUGCAACUCCUUCGAGACAACCUGACUCUCUGGACCUCCUCCGAGGCUGAGCCCCCCGCAGAGCCAGCUGCCGCCGCUGCCCAGGAGCCGGAGAAGGCCACCGACACCCCGGCGGAGGAGCCCAAGGCUGCCGAGUAA